GAUGCUAAUUUUCAAGUUCAUGGGUAUGUGACGACUUGCGACUACUGCUGGCUUGGACCUCGGCCUCGACCGCACAAUUUAGUCUUAAUCGAGACGUCAAGCGGAACAGAAGAGAUUUGUGAUCGGUUGAAGAUCCCGGGAGACAUAGGCGCGCGCGCGAAUAGAAUGUGGAACUCAAAAGUUUCGGCGACGAACGUAGUAGAUUAAUCACAACAAUCAAUAUUCUAAUUUGACCCCAAGGGAAACAGUGUGAUUUAUCGAAACGAUCGCGAAAUGGCACUGCCGGUGAAAUUUUGGGCUUUGACUUUAGUGUUCGCAACCGUGUGCAUUGGCUCAGGAGAUGCAUUUUUCUUCUUUCUCAAACCGUUAGCCGACCUGGGUCGAUACUACGACGAUAAAUACAACUUUGUGCAACCUACUUAUAGCAAUUCGCAGGCUAAAGAAAUUCCAGAGUAUGACUUUAUUAUUGUUGGCGCCGGUUCCGCUGGAUGCAUACUGGCCAACCGGUUGUCGGAGAAUGCCAGAUGGAAGGUAUUACUCCUCGAAGCUGGACCAGCGGAGAGUGAUCUAAAUAAUAUUCCCGUGCUGACAACCUUCGUCCAGAAUUCUAAUUACAAUUGGGCUGACGUUGCUGAGGCACAAAAUGGGUCAUGUUGGGGCAUGAUCGACCAACGAUGCAGUAUUCCACACGGGAAAGGCCUCGGUGGAUCCACUCUCAUCAACUACAUGCUGUACACGAGAGGCAACCCGGCGGAUUUCGAUCGUUGGGCUGCUAUGGGAAAUCCGGGUUGGUCCUACGACGAAGUGUUCCCAUACUUUCUGAAAAGUGAACGCGCUAACUUGAGGGGAUUAGAAAACUCCAAAUAUCAUAACUCCGAUGGAAUGGUUAGCGUCGAAUUCCCUCCCUUCCGGACUAAUCUCGCGCAAACGUUCGUCAGGGGAGCCCGAGAGGUAGGACACAAAAAGAUCGAUUAUAACGGAAAAUCGCAGCUCGGCGUUUCAUACGUCCAAACAAACACCAUCAACGGAAUGAGACAAUCUGCGUACCGAGCUCUGAUAGAGCCUAUUCUGGCAACCAGGCCGAAUCUGCAUGUGAAAGCUAACAGCAGAGUGACAAAAAUUCUCAUAGAUCCCAACACAAAAAUGGCUUACGGGGUAACGUAUUCCAAAAAUUUUAGAAAUUACGACGUACAUGUUACAAAAGAGGUGAUCGUGGCGGCCGGAAGUAUAAAUACACCCCAGUUGCUAAUGUUGUCUGGAAUAGGACCAGCUGAGCACCUUAAAAAUAUCAAAGUUCCUGUUAUACAGGAUCUUCCAGUUGGUCAGAAUCUGAUCGAUGCCCUAGUGUUCAACGGAUUGACAUUCAUAUUGAAUGAAACAGGACAUUCGCUGCUAUUCGACAGUAGAUUUCAGCUGCACUCAAUAGCCGAUUACUUCCAUGGCCAGGGACCACUAACUGUACCAGGUGGCGUGGAAGCGAUUGAUUUUUUACAAACGAGUCGGGCGCAGCAACCCGGAGUUCCGGAUAUUGCUCUCGUUUUCUCAACCGGUUCCCUAGUGACGGAUGGAGGACUUGGACUACGCAAUGGCAAGCGGAUAAAGGCUAGCUUGUAUAAUAAAGUCUAUGCGCCGUUGGAAACAAUAAAAAAUGACCAGUGGACUGCUAGUGUUGUGCUACUUCAUCCUAAAUCAAGAGGCUUCCUCAAUUUACGGAAUGCAAAUCCUUACAACAGUCCCAAGAUUUACACCAACUAUCUGUCCGAAGAUGACGACAUUGAAACAUUGUUGGAAGGUAUCAAAGAAGCAGUUCGCAUCUCAAAAUCGCCAUCGAUGAAACGGUACGACGCACGAGUUCUCGGGAUUCCUUUUCCCAACUGUGAACAAUUUGAGCUUACCGACGAUGACUACUGGCGCUGUGCCAUCAAAACCCUGUCCAGUACCGCUUACCAACAGCUAGGAACGAGUAAAAUGGGACCGGCGGGGGAUCCAACUGCCGUGGUAUCUCCGGAAUUGCAAGUACAUGGUCUGUCGAAUUUACGGGUAGCUGAUGUUGGGGUAGUUCCGACUACAAUUUCCGGACAAUCGGCAGCACUGUCAUAUAUGAUUGGUGAAAAAGCAGCGGAUCUGAUUAAACAAACUUGGACUCGAUAGAAUAGGUUAUAUAUAAAUGAUACUUCAUCGGAUAUUUAUACUAGGCUAGAUUUGAAUUAAACAUUUCAUAUUUUAAGUAAUUACUAAAUAUUCUAGCUUUUUAUGCUAGUACGAAUGUCCUACGUGACGAGUUAGCCAAGUAAGUGAUUUACAUCUAUAAUAACGCUCUAU